AUGGAGACCCGAUGCUCUUUGCCUCAGGAUUCCUGGGAGCUGCUGCACUGCCUGAAGAUGAGGAGCAAGUACGCCAUCCUGCUGGUCUUCAUCGUCGGCCUCGUCAUCAUCGAGAAAGAGAACAACUUCAUCUCCAGGGUGUCGGACAAGCUGAAGCAGUCCCCGCAGGCGCUGGCAGAGGACAACGGCACCGAGACCAGCCCGGCGCCGGCUGAGAACGGCCCCGUCUGCACGCCCGGCGCCAAGAAGGUCUUCGAGAAGUACCACUGCAAGAACCGCCGCUGCGGGCCCCUCAACAUCACCCUGGCCGCCGAGGCCUGCCGGCGCAAGCAGCACGUGGCCCUGAAGACGGUGCGGAUCCGGCAGCUGGAAUUCCUGCAGCCCUUGGUGGAGGAUCCCCGGCUGGACAUCCGCAUCAUCCAGCUGGUCCGGGACCCCCGGGCCGUCCUUGCUUCCCGGAUGGUGGCUUUCUCUGGCAAGUACGAGACCUGGAAGAAGUGGGCUUCCGAAGGGGAAACGCCCCUGGGCGAGGAGGAGGUGCAGAGGCUGCGUGGGAACUGCGAGAGCAUCCGGCAGUCGGCCGAGCUGGGGCUGCGGCGGCCGGGGAAGGGGGUCUGGAACCUCACGUCGGACUUGGACAUCGUGUCCAUGGCCGAGCCAGCUGCACCCUCUGGUGGCAACCACGAGUCCAGACCCUCCUUUUCCUUGCUGAAAACAGAGGGGAAUUCCUCCUCCUGCCUCCCACCCCACCCGUGA